CUCCGGUGCCGCCAUUUUGCCGUGAGACAGCAUUGGUCUGGUCUGGUGAGAUGUUGUCUACCGCUGGUUUUGCGGAUUCUAGGCCAGAGAUGGACUACAAGCUCGGCGCGCCCAAGCAGUACCGCUUCUCGCCCUACACCUUUAACGGAGGGACUGUGUUGGCAAUUGCUGGAGAAGACUUUUCUGUCGUUGCCUCUGACACGCGACUGAGUGAAGGUUAUGAAAUUCACUGCCGGGACAGUCCAAAAUGCUACAAACUAACAGAAAAAACAGUCAUUGGAUGCACUGGUUUCCAUGGUGACUGCCUUACCCUUACUAAAAUUAUUGAAGCAAGAUUAAAGAUGUACAAGCAUUCCAAUAACAAGACCAUGACUACUGGGGCUAUUGCAGCAAUGCUCUCUACAAUUCUGUAUUCUCGACGUUUCUUUCCUUACUAUGUUUACAACAUAAUUGGUGGACUUGAUGAAGAAGGGAAGGGAGCAGUAUAUAGCUUCGAUCCAGUGGGUUCAUACCAGAGAGAUUCUUUCAAAGCAGGUGGAUCAGCAAGUGCCAUACUGCAGCCCUUGCUGGAUAACCAGAUUGGCUUCAAGAACAUGCAAAAUGUGGAACACGUACCUCUGACCUUGGAAAAGGCUUUGCAGCUGGUUAAAGAUGUCUUUAUUUCUGCUGCUGAGAGAGAUGUGUACACUGGGGACGCACUUAAGAUUUGCAUUGUCACAAAAGACGGAAUUAAAGAGGAAACUUUCCCGUUGCGAAAAGACUAAUUCAGUUCACUUGCAAAUCUGUAAUCUGUAAUGUACAAUUUACCUGUAUUAUGAAGAUGUUUGUCUUAUUAAAUUUUUUUCAAGAAUUCCAACUACUGUAAUACUGAAUGCUUUCUGUCUUUGUUAGAAGUGAUAGUGGGUGUUUUAGAAACCAGAGCUGUUCAUGGUAAGGAAGUAAGUAAGAGUUAAAAAGUCAGUUGUGUUCAUCUCAUCUUAACCUAUUGAUCAAUCUCAUUCCAAUGUCAGUUUAAUCCCCUUCUUGAAAUCCCUUCAUCAUACAGUCCGGAGGAGUUCAAAUGUGUUAAAACUCAGGCUCACAGACUUUUGUAAUAGUGCUUUCUGUUCAGCCUUGGGUUAAUGAGAAAAGAAUUUGUGUUGUUUGUACUUUAUAGCUUGCUUUUUAUACCUUCUCCUUGGUCUAUCUGACAUGCUGUCCUGACACUUGACUUCUGUACUUACUUACAGAGGUUAUAAAUGAGUCAUCUGAAAUCAGUUUCUCUGUAAAAGGGACAAAAUGUUAAAUUUAAUCUGUCAAAGAUUAGUCCUGGACUCUACAUCUGGACUCACCUCCGUGAGUUCCUGUUUCUGGGUUAAUGCUCAAAAUCUGAAGCUUUGUCCUUUUCUGGCUACUGAUGGAAAGUAACUUAGAAUGGAGAGUCUUUGAGUGCCUUUUCAUUUCUGGGUUGGUUUUGGUUCGGUUUGUUUUUCAGUCCUACUACUACUGCAUUUGAUUCUUGGGAAAUUGUAUCAAAAGUAGAGUGCCUGGUGUGCUGUAUGAAACUGGGAAACUGGCUUGAGUAGUAGGACCUUGAGAAAGCAGAGAUGCAUCCUCAAGGACAAAAUAGUCCUCUCUUUUUGUGGAGAUUUUUUCACAGCUUGUAGCUAUUUAGAACAGGAGGUAUAAAAUAUCUAGCUGCUUGAGAUGGUAUACUUGUUUUCUCAAAGAACAAUUUUACUGAUGUGUUUGACUACCCUGUCUCCUGUUGGGAGGUGGCUCCCCGCCUUCUCUGCACCAUUUUGGGUGCUGUGCAUUUUUCCUGGCUCUGGCUGGUUCUUCACCAGCAGUGGUGGUCUUUGGCUUUCUAGACAGUUUAAAAAGUGGGUAGCAUUUUGAAGCUCAGUAAUUGAAACAGCUAGUGCAUUUCACAGAAUCACCAAGGUUGGAAGAGACCUCAAAGAUCAUCAAGUCCAACCUGUCACCACAGACCUCAUGACUAGACCAUGGCACCAAAUGCCACGUCCAGUCCCCUCUUGAACACCUCCAGGGAUGGUGACUCCACCACCUCCCUGGAAACAGUCUAGCUGCAAUCCAGUGAGUGGGAACUUGGAGCAGCUGUUUUGCAAAGUGUUCAUGAAAACACUUGGUCGCUGGGUGCCACUGUUGGGCAGAGGAAGGAGGUAACUCCUCAUCUCCCAGUAGUUGGGCAGUAUGAAAGGUACAGAGCAUCUCACUGAAUAAUACACAAGACUAUUAAGCACGUUCAGUGUUCAAUGUAAUG